AUGAGUGCGAACAACCAAGGGUAUCAUGAUUCCAGUCCGGAACUGGAUCCUGAAGGGAGGAAGUAUGGGUUCUCGAAUACGGGGACUGCUACUGUUGGAAGCGGCGGCGCGCUGUGGACCGCUGAUGCUGCGAGGCGCACGAAAAGAUCUAAGAUGAUGAUGAUUGGCGGUGGUCUCGCGUUGAUUGGGGUCAUCAUUAUCGUUGUGGUCGUGGGCGUUGUGGUGUCCAAGAAUAACAGCAAAAACUCCAAGACCUUGUCGACCUCGGGUGGCAGCGGCAGCAGCGGUGGUUCAGGCUCGUCAAAUUCGAAUUCGUCGGUGACGCAGACAAACCCGAAUGAUCCUAGUACGUUUGUGAAGAACCCAAAGUUGCAUCAGUCGUUUUGGGGAAUGGCAUAUACCCCUGCUGGAUCGCAAUUACCGGAUUGUGGAAACUCUCUUUCGGAGGUGAUAACGGAUAUCCAGCUCUUGUCGCAAUUGACCCCUCGCAUUCGCCUUUAUGGAGCUGAUUGUAACCAAUCGGCGCUCGUCCUUGAAGCAAUCAAGCAAACCAAAGUGAACAUGUCUGUUUAUCUAGGAAACUACCCCGUCGCAACGGACAAUGGCACCGCAUACGAGCGUCAACGCGAUCUCAUUCAGUCCGCGAUCCAGACCUACGGAACGCAACAUAUCGCAGGCGUCACUGUCGGUAACGAGUUCAUGCUCAAUUGGGUGACUGGUAACGGUGUGAACGAUCCCAACAGCGCUGUGGGGAACCAGGGUGCAGCGAUUCUUAUCCCGUUUAUCAACGACACGAGGAGCAUGCUUGCGGCCAUGAACUUGGGCAGCAUGCCGGUUGGUACGGCGGACGCUGGUAGCUAUUUCAACAAUGAGGUAUUGCAGGUUGUGGAUUACGGGAUGGCAAAUGUGCAUCCGUGGUUUGGGAAUGUCAGCAUAGAUGAUGCCGCGGGCUGGACGUCAGACUUUUUCCAGCAGAAUGAUGUAGCCCAGGCCCAAGCGCUCUCUAACAAGCCAAAGAUGUACAUCGCUGAAACAGGAUGGCCAACGAAAUCCUCCAAUGCUGCGGCUGCAUCAGAUGGACCUUCCCUCGCAUCAGAGGCCAAUCUUCAAAUCUUCCUUGAUACCUUUGUGUGCCAAGCCAAUAGCAAUGGAACUGGAUAUUUCUACUUUGAGUUCUAUGAUGAGACAUGGAAGGAUGUAACCUUUGGUGGUGUUGAGGGCUGGUGGGGACUAUUCACCGCAAACCGCACCCUCAAAAACAUUGAGAUACCCAACUGCCAAUCCCCAUAA